CUCCCUCGGCCAUGGCGGCCGGGGCUCGGGCCCCGCGGCCCCCGCGGCCCCCGCGGCCAAAGCUGACACCGUGCCCGCCGUGCCCACCGGGGCCACCGUGCCCACUGCUGCCACCGCUGCCACCCCUGGCCCUGGCCCUGGCGCUGGCCCUGCUGGCGCUGCCGGUGUCGGCGGGGUCGCCGCCCGGCCCCGGGGAGCAGCUGGCGGCGGCGGCGCCGCGCUGGGGCUGGCGGAACGUGUCGUGCCCGGCCUGCCGGGUGCUCUUCGGGGCGCUGGACCUGGCGCUGCAGCUGGAGCCCAACGUGGCCCGCGUGGGGCGCGUGGCGUCGCGGCUGUGCCAGGAGCUGCGGCUGGCGCGGCCGCCCGUGUGCCGCCAGGCCGUGCAGCUCUUCCAGGGCGACGUGGUGGCCGCCUGGGCCCGCUCCGUGCCGCCGCCCGAGGCCUGCGGGCUCCUGCUGGGCCCCCGCUGCGGCCACUGGGACAUCCUGGGUGACUGGAACCUGUCCCUGCCCGCCCGCGCCCAAGCCGCCGGUGCGGCCCCUGUGCCGCCGCCGCCCGAGCCCACGGCCCGCAUCCUGUUCCUCACGGACCUGCACUGGGACCGCCAGUACGCAGCCGGCGCCGCCGCCUGCCCCGACCCGCUGUGCUGCCGCGGGGUGCCCGGUGAGGCCCGGGGCCGCGGCUUCUGGGGCACCUACGGCAAGUGCGACCUUCCCCUGCACACCAUCGGGCUGCUGGCCCAGCUGCCCAACGGCACCGGCAACGGCACCGGCGGCUUCGCGGCGGCGUACUGGACCGGGGACAUCCGCGCCGACGACGUGUGGCAGCAGAGCCGCGGGGACCAGCUGCGGGCGCUGCGCACGGUGACGGCGCUGCUGCGCCGCCUCGGCCCGCUGCGCGUCUUCCCCGCCGUGGGCAACCACGAGGCCACGCCGGUGAACGCCUUCCCGCCGCCCUACGUGCGCGGCAACCGCUCGGCUGCCUGGCUCUACGACGCCAUGGCCGAGGCCUGGCAGCACUGGCUGCCCCCCGCCGCCCUGCGCACCCUGCGGGCUGGUGGGUUCUACACAGCACAGGUCUGGCCUGGGCUGCGCCUCGUCUCCCUCAACAUGAACUUCUGCUCCCAGGCCAACUUCUGGCUUCUCAUCAACGCCACUGACCCUGCAGGGCAGCUCCAGUGGCUCAUGGGGGUCCUGGCAGAUGCUGAGCGUGAUGGGGAGAAGGUGCACAUCAUCGGGCACAUCCCCCCAGCCCACUGCCUGCGCAGCUGGAGCUGGAACUACUACCGCAUCGUCAGCAGGUUUGAGGGCACCAUCGCGGCUCAGUUCUUUGGGCACACACACCUGGACGAGUUUGAGUUGUUCUACGAUGAGGAGACGCUGUCACGGCCCGUGUCCAUCGCGUUCGUCGCACCGAGCGUCACCACCUACAUCAACCUCAAUCCUGGGUACCGCGUGUAUGAGGUGGCCGCCUCCUACCCCGGGAGCUCCCACGCGGUCCUGGACCACGAGACCUUCAUCCUCAACCUGACGGAGGCCAACGCGGCGCCCCCGGGCACGGCCCCGCGCUGGCGGCGGCUCUACGGCGCCCGCGAGGCCUACGGGCUGCCCGCCGCCUUCCCGGCCGACUGGGACCGCCUGGUGCGGCGCAUGCAGGACGACGAGCCCCUGUUCCAGCUCUUCUGGUUCCACCUGCACAAGGGGCACCCGCCCCGCGAGCCCUGCGGGCGCGCGCCCUGCAAGGCCGCCCUGCUCUGGCGCCCUGCGCCCGCCGCUGCCGACCCCGCGCUCUGCCGGCCCCUGCGCCCCGCGCUGCCCUUCCCGCGUGUCCAGCAGCUCUGGCAGCAGCGGCGGCUCUGCUGAGCCACGGCCGCAGGCAGCAGGGCUGGGACACGGGGACACCGGGAUGUGGGGACACUGGGAGCUCCUGGGGUACGGGGGACACCGGGAGCUCCCAGGAUGUAGUCACACUGGGAGCCCCUGGGAUGUGGUCACACCGGGAGCCCCUGGGA